ACUUAUCGGACGAAGGGAUCGAGGCAUGCACAAACUCAUCUGACAAAUUCAACAUAAACGACGUUAUCCUGAUUGCACUUAAUACAGAUUUAAGAGCCACUGGCAAGAAAUUCCUCCCGAGUGACAUCAAUGGUGGAAAAGUGGAAAAGCUAGAAGGUCCCUGUGUCCUGCAGAUCCAAAAAAUCCGCAAUAUAGCUGCACCAAAGGAUAAUGAAGAAUCUCAGGCUUCUCCAAGAAUGCUGCGUUUGCAGAUGACGGAUGGGCACACGAGCUGCACAGCAAUAGAAUAUAAUUACAUGUCAAAAAUAAGCCUGAACACUCCUCCCGGAACAAAAAUUAAACUGCUGGGAGUCGUGGAAGUGAAAAACGGCUUCCUCCUCCUCGACGACAGCAACACGGUGAUUCUUGGAGGUGAAGUGGAACAUCUUAUAGAAAAGUGGGAGUUGCAAAGGAGCUUGUCAAAACACAACAGAAGCAACAUAGGAACAGAAGGCGGACCGCCUCCCUUUGUGCCAUUCGGACAGAGAUGCUCGUCUCAGCAGCAAGUGGACAGUCGGGAGCUGGACCGGAGAAAAACCUUGCAGGUGGCGAGCGUGGCCAAGCCCGUUGGAGACAACGAUGAGUUCGAGAAACAGCGGACAGCUGCUAUCGCGGAGGUGGCCAAAAGUAAAGAGACUAAGACGUUUGGUGGAGGCGGCGGCAGUUCUAGAAGCAACCUCAGCGUGAGCACCGGAGGGAACCGGAGCAGGGAAGUGUUCCAGAAGGAGAGGACGAAAUCGGAGGGGAAAAACGAAGGUGUCUAUCGAGAACUGGUGGACGAAAAGGCUCUCAAACACAUAACGGAAAUGGGGUUCAGCAAGGAAGCCGCGAGGCAGGCGCUCAUGGACAACGGCAACAACCUCGAAGCUUCGUUGAACUUCCUCCUGAACAGCAAUAAGCAGAUAAAUGUCCAAGGCCCGCCCCUUCGAGGGAAAGGAAAAGGCAGAGGGCGGAUUCGACCAGAGGAUGAGGAGGAGAUGGGGAACGCCCGGCCUUCAGCUCCAAGCACGUUGUUUGAUUUCCUGGAGUCUAAAAUGGGUACUCUUGCAGUAGAAGAACCAAAGUCACAGAUACCAUCGCUGCAUCAGGGACAGCACAGAGCACCAAACACCGAGCAGAACGGCAUCAAAGGUUAUAACCAUCAGAGACAUGCUCCUCGUAACGACCGACAGCCGAGGAGCGAGAAGCCCCCUCGUUUUCAGCGAGAGAGCCAGAGUUUGAGGCACGGUGGGGAAGGGGGCGGGCUGCUAAGAGCCAAAGCUUCUGAAAGGCAGAAUUCCUUGGGUCCCGACCAGUGGACCGAAGACAGAAACAAGUGCGAUAGACUUUAUCCACGGAAAGACCUUGCGUACCCUACGGCGGUCCACCCCGGGGACUUUCCUUUCAAGCGGAGGGACAACAACCCGGUGCAAAACAGACAAGGGAAAGUGGGAUCGUUCAUGGAAAUGAAAGACAACGCCGCUGUUCAAGAUCCACCUGAAAACAACAACCAGAAACCCGGAAGUCGGGAAAGUCAGAUGCAUCCGCCCGACAGUUUCUACGAUAGGAAAACGCUAAUGCUAGCCAACGAAACAUUGACCGCCCUGAAAAACGAGCAGCGCUUUGGUAUGAACGUGGAGUAUCAAAACCCUGUUAGAACUGAUCGUUUUAGCAAUAUCCCGAACGGCGAUCUGGAACAUUUUCAGAAAGGAAGGAGGGUUGGACCUAUUAAAUUGCCUACGCCCAACAUGGCUACAUCAUUUGACGUGAAAAUGUAUUAUGAUACUGGACCCAAGAAGAGAUCUGGGCCCAUUAAGCCAGAAAAAAUGUUUGAAACCUGUACUUCGGGGGAGUAUGGAAAAAGCUGGCAGCCGGGGGACGAAUGCUUUGCCCUGUACUGGGAAGAUAACAAGUUUUAUCGGGCAAAAAUCGAAGCGCUUCACUCCUCCGGGACGACCGCCGUUGUUAAGUUCUGCGAUUAUGGAAACUAUGAAGAGGUGUUACUAAGCAACAUCAGGCCUAUUCAAGCUGACACCUGGGAGGAAGAAGAAAUCGCUUAUGAACAAACGUUAGAAUUUCGCAGAGGUGGCGACGGGCAACCACGGCGGUCAACGCGGCCCACCCAGCAGUUUUAUCAGCCUCCGAGAGCUAGGAACUGACAGCAAGGAAGGCUCUUCAUUAUGGCUAAAGUUCUUCGCGUUCUGCUCAGUGGUCGAGAUGUCCGGUUUUUUUGCCUGAGGAAUGGGAGUUGAUAAAGAAGGCCGGGACGAGCACGGAGUACGGAAUAUACCAGAGACUUUUUUUUAAGUUAGUUGAAUGACGUUUUUACAUACAAAAGAAAACCCAUUGUUAAUACUGCCAUCAAUAAAAGCCACCCCGCUCUA